GCCUAGACCUAUGUGUUUUUUGUCUAGUAGAUCUAGGAAUGGCCUAAGCUAAGCUAUGUGUUUUAAUUUCAAAUAAAGUGCACAGUUCACAGUGUGCUAAGCUCUUCCUUGUGAGAUGUUGGAGUUUACUUUCAGUAGUUGUAACACGAUUUGAAUUUGGAAGAACAGUGAAUCUAAAAACUUGAGAGACAGAACUGACCAACGGCAAAAAGGUGAACAUCUCCAGUCACCCCCGCCAUCUUCAAUUUGACGAGGACGUGUCGUGUGACUGUUGAUAAUACCCUAUGAGACAGCCAACUGACCAGUGGUCAAGCGGUGACAGCCUCCAGGAACCAAUCACCAUCUUCCAUUUAGCCCCGUCGUUCCGUGCGUUCGUUGACACUACCCUGUGAGACAAACAGCUGAUUACUACAUUCAACUGACUACGACUUCCAACUGACCACGACAACCAACUGACAAAGACAACCAACUGACAACGACAGACAACUGACCACAACAGACAACUGACCACGACAACCACCUACCCACGACAACCAACUGACCACAACAACCACCUACCCACGACAACCAGCUGACCAGAUCCGGCCAGGAGAUGGACGGCGUAUUCACCCACCAGCAGAAGACGGCCCGGGCUCUCCAGAGACAGCUGUCAGGACUGGACAACCUGCAGAGACUGUCGGAGGCCAGGCACAGGCGGGAAAUCCUCAACACGUGUAGGGAGCUGGGCCGGAUCCAUCAGGCCUCUCUCGACCUGGACGAUGUUUUGGCGGAGAUACCGAACCGGCACCAACAGAGACGAGUCUCUCUGCCAGUGACGUCAUUAACUGACUCGAUCUCUCCCCCGAUAUCCCCGCGCUUCACCAGACGACGAGGAAGUAUUCCCGCCAACCUCAGGUCCCCUUCAGCGUUCCUCGAGAGACCACGGCGUGGGUCAGACGCCAGCAUCCUGCCCGAGGCCCACAGCAGACUUCAACUGGACGCCAUUUUGUCCAAAGGAAGGACUCCGCGAAGUGCCACGAAUAACAAAGACAAUUCUAAGGGAAGUACUCCGCGAAGUUCAACCAAUAACAAAGACAAUUCUAAGGGAAGUAGUUCGGCAAGAGCGAAAGUAGACCCCAAGGGAAGUAGUUCCACGAAAAACAAAGACGAUUUGAAGGACGGCAAUACAGUGAACUCUACGACAGCUAUGUCUGUGUCUACACAGAGCAGGCGAGACAGCCAGCCACUAGGUGGCGUGGGGCGGCCAGGGGUGACUCACGUGGGAGGAAACGUCACUUCUGGUGCUGCUAGGAGAAACAGCGCCGGGAACGGCAGGAGAGGAAGUGACGAAAUGAUGCCCCCAUCAGUGGCGCCCCCUGGCACGCAUGCCCUCCAUCAUCAUACCGGGAGCGGGAGUCAGCCCAUUAAGAAUGGCUCAGCCAAGAAGAGGAAUUCUCUCAACUCUUCUGUCUCGUCCACCACUGUGGAAGUGCCCCCCGAACAUCAUCAUAUGACCUGUACGUUCGUUCACACGGACGAAGACGAUGAUGACCCGCUCUCCAUAGGAGGCAGUCCUCCGAAGGAGGAAUCCAUGUUUGAAAGCCACAAAAGAAACCACCGCCGCGCCUCAGAACCGGGCAUUGGCAGCCAUUUUCUCAGGGUCAUGCAGGACAAAGCUUUCAACUCGGGCUCUGAUGAUGAAGAAAGUGGGAGAGGACCUUCACCCUCGAGACAACAUAGCACCCCAGAAAGCGAGGCGCUGAAGAAAUCCAUCAAAACCUCUCUUCCGUCUGACAUUGUGGCUGAAGAAGACGAGGAAGGAGCGGCUGACGACGCUGAAAAUAACGACAACGCUGUCGCUGCGUCAAAUUUGAAAAAGACCACAGCUACCGCAGCGUCUCGGAAAGCUGUCGUUUCAUCAGCCUCCAAGAAACUGUCUGUUAAUCUGGCGUCAGUUCCGGAGAAAAAAAGCGAAGAAGAAGAAUCAAAAGCGGGGACCACAGUUCCGAAACUAACGACAACUAAAGGGAAACAAAAUGGCGGCACUUCCGGGGGUUCUCCACGGAAAAACUCCAAGGACGCAAGCGCUGGAAACAGCGAUGACAACAGCAAGGACAAAGCGAGUUUCGCUCAACUGAGAUCAAGGAGAAAAUCGGAAGGGGACGUCCUCAGAUUCGCGCGAGUCCUCAGAUUACAGGCGGAGAGAGCGAAGUCUAGCAAGAACAGGAAUAAAGAGAGUCAAAGGGAGGUGGACCCGGCAGUGAAGGAGCAGGAGCGGGUGUGGGAGGCGGUGAGGAAAUGUCGUUAUAUCCGAGGCUACGAACCUCCUGAGAUGGAGGAACCUGAGGAUUUGGGCGAGUUCGUCUUCGGUCAUCGCCCGGAGAACCAGGAGGCUUGAGGGACAGACCUGAUUGUUGACCGGUCAACGGGAAUUUGGUCUUUAGGGAUGCAGUGGGUGUAUCAGUACCCUAGAAUGACGAAGAUCGAUCUGCUCAUUACCAAGUUUUGAGAAAUUUGAGGUUACUAAUUUUGAGUUUUAUAACAU